CGGCGGCUGUGUAGGGCGGACGGUCUGAGCGUGGCCUGCACCCCAGCGGAGCGGACGGUGGGCGCAUCCCCUCGCGGAGGACCCUGCUCCGGUGCUCAGCCUGCACGUGGGCUGCACGGGGCUCGCCGUGGUGGAGGGAGGGAGGGCGCUCUCAGAGUCUCUUCUGGCGCCCACGUGGCGGGGAGGAGAGAGACUUGAGAACCGGGAGCAGAGUUGGGGGAGCAUCUGUUUGUUGGUGGUGGAUCAGUUUCACCCUGGACUGGUGACGUCCCUGCCUCAGUUUCCUGAAGCUGUCCGUGGUGGCAUAUGACUUCUACACCCAACAUGAGCGACAUUUCCUGCAAAAAACGGGAUGACUAUCUGGAGUGGCCGGAGUAUUUCAUGGCGGUAGCCUUCUUGUCAGCACAAAGAAGCAAGGACCCAAGUUCCCAGGUGGGAGCCUGCAUUGUGAAUACAGAAAACAAGAUCGUUGGGAUCGGGUACAAUGGGAUGCCAAAUGGGUGCAGCGAUGACCUGUUGCCCUGGAGGAGAACAGCAGAAAACAAGCUGGAUACUAAGUACCCUUAUGUGUGCCACGCCGAGCUGAACGCCAUCAUGAACAAGAAUUCGGCCGACGUGAAGGGCUGCAGUAUGUAUGUGGCCUUGUUCCCAUGUAAUGAGUGUGCGAAGCUCAUCAUUCAGGCAGGUAUAAAAGAGGUUAUUUUCAUGUCGGAUAAAUACCAUGACAGCGAGGAGACGACGGCUGCUAGGCUUCUGUUUAAAUUGGCUGGGGUUACGUUCAGAAAAUUCACACCGAAGUACAGCAAGAUUGUCAUUGAUUUCGAUUCGAUUAAUAGCCGUCCGAGUCAGAAGCCUCAGUGAGUUUCGAGCCCCGGAAGAAGAUGACACCCCACACACACAAGGGGCUCCUGAGCCUUUCAUCUUAAGUCACACAUAACUUUUUAAUAGCACAGCACAUACUAAAGAAUAUAAAACUUAGGCUCUUCUCUACCGUCACACGGAUCUACAUCUGCCUCAGCUGUCGAUCUAGUUUGCCUUGGAAACUAAGGGACCGCCCACGGGAGCUGGAGGGAAGGUCUCUCCACUUCCGGAGAGCCUGUCUGCCUGCCGAGAGGGAGGCUGCACCAGCGAGUGUCAGCUCUGUCAUCCACCGCAUUGCAACAGCCGCUCCUCCCUGCUACACGGGCUAGAAGGACAUACAAGUAAUUGCUCCUCAUCGAUGAGCAGACACUCUGAUGUGAACAUCUGGCCCAAAUGAAGCAUGCCCUGUCACGCCCUUGGAAAAACAAACAGGACCAAAUGAAGCUAGCUAGCGUGAGCGUACCUGCCGCGUACCUGCCGCAGAGGCCUCUCACCGGUUCACAUGAGGCUGAGGAGGGCUGUGGCCCGGCAGGUGAUCAGGACAAUAUCCCCUCCGUUCGCACUUUCCUGCCCCACACACAACAGUAGCUCACUAUCCCUCUGGAGGGUAGAGGACCCCUGCGGUUCCAGCCUCUUAUCCUUGGUUUGUUGGUCACAUAGCACAGUUAAAUUUAUCCGAGGAAUAAGUAGCUCCUAGAGGAGACAGCGUAUCGCUCCCCCCAGACCAGGCACUGUGCAGCGACAGCUGCAGCUGAAUGGAUGGGUGAUGUGGGAUGUCCCCCAUCCCGUUUCUCCUGCUGUGUGGGCACAUGUCACUCCUGUUCCUCGUUCCAGCAUGGUUCAUUUCCAAGGGCACCCUACAACCAGAGAGCACAUUAAUUCCUGUCCUAUAAGGGGAUUAUGGGAGACACUGUACCUGGAGUUAGUCCACGCGUACCCUCACAGGCAGCAUCCUCCUGGCGCCCCAGUGUGGAUGGGGGUGCCCCACUGUGUAAUCUGUUUUUACCUUCAUUUAACUUCAGCAAACAUGCUCGGUGUCUUUGAUAGUUUCUUUUUCCUAAAAAUUGUUCCCUUUUGUAGAAUGCUUGUUCCCCCCCCCCCGCCGCCAUGUCCCCUUCCCAUAGUCCUCCCCCCUCCCCCCAGGGUCUUUAUUUUAUCUCUAAGAUUUUUAUAUGAUUUUUUUAAAACUAUUCUGGAGCAUUUUUAUAAUUUGGAUCUUUGCCAAUAUUAUUAAAAAUUUAUUAAAAUCCACCAGUACCAAAA